AUGAUGAAGUCAGAAUUUUUCUGUGGUGAAGACAACAGAGUCAGAGUGGCUCUUCUUCUGUCCAUUGGACUGGAAGUCGUGCUCCUAAGGGAACACAAACUUGUUGGAUUAUCCACGAGUACCGAGAAGGAUCUUGAUGGAACCAAGUCUGGCCAGCCGAAGAUUCAAAGUCAUGUGAAGUCGAACCAGUCUCCAACUGUUGUGGAUGUGAUGAAGUCCGAUAUUGAACUGUCUGAGCUUGACGAUAUAUAUUGGCUCUCAUAUCCGGAGCUGGAGUCCCUGAACUACAAGCUGUUUUCUCCGUUGCACUCUCAGGUGCAAUCUGAGCUCGGAUCCUGGAUUGAAGAAGAUGAUGUGACUUGCCUAAAUUUGGUUAUAGAUUGGCUCUCAUAUCCGGAGCUGGACUGGAAGUAUCCUAGUGGAAAAGGGUAUCGCCCCUCAUAUGCUUGGCGUAGCAUCAGUCAUGGACGCGAACUGUUAGCUCGGGGUUUAAUGAAGACAAUUGGCGAUGGAAAGCAAAUAAGCAAUCUUCGAUUGAUCUUGAGCUUAAAGUUGCAUUGCUAA